AUGGCAACGAAGCACCACCCCAACCUGGUGCGCCUGCUGGGCUUUUCCCUUGGGAUCUCUGGCAGGAGAAGGCCGGAGCAAAUCCUCAUCUACGAGCUCAUGCCCAACGGGGACCUCUCGCAAUGGAUCGGAAAAGGUCUCAUUUUCUACUUCUCAGAAUCUCCUCUCUCCACCCCUCCGUUCCCAUUCCCUGCAGGGGCUGUGAAGCCCUUGAGCUUUGAGCAGCGUGUGAACGUGCUGGUGGGGGCGGCACGCGGCUUUGACUUUGGCAUUCUCAUGCUUGAGGUGAUGACGGGCCGCCAUGUCGCCACCAAUUCUCUCGUUGUUCCCUCUGAUGAAGAGGCGGGCCAACAACUGCACAUUCUUUCUUGGGUCCAGCAGCAGCUGGUUCAAUAUGGCGGCAGCGAGGCAGUGGCAUGGCUAAAGGACGCGCGCAUGGAGGCACGGGAUGAGUUGGUGUUGAGGGUGGUGCAGCUGGCUCUGCGAUGCACCUCCAUGCCGACCGCCAUGCGGCCGGCCAUGACAGAGAUUGCAGCCGAGCUGGAUGCUGUGCUGGUGGAAGUGGGCGGCAAACGCAUCAACUCCGCCGCCCAUCAGGUGGAUCAGGAAAUGGAGUCGCAGAGCUUGUCUGCUCCGAGUUUAGAUGCAGAGAUCGAUCGUGUAGCUAGCCACUUGUGA